AUGUCAGAUCAAGACUUGGGGGUACGUCGAUGGCUUGAGAAGAUUUUACGACUUGAAUUGGUCGAUGGGCGUACAAUUGAAGGGAAAUUUGUUUGUACUGAUAAUGCACCAAAUGUAAUUCUCAGUGGUUGUAAGGAACAAUGGAAAGAUGAGCAGGAAUCCCGGAUGGUUGGCCUUGUUAUGGCGAAUGGAAAGCAUAUACGAUCAAUAUACUUAGUACAUACGACAGCGGACGACGGAUAA